UUUAGCGCGAUGUUCAGACUUCUCUCACAAUGCAAGCAUUUACAACCCUUUUCGUUCUCAAACGCAGCAAUUCGAUGCAGUUAUGCCGGCAUAGUAUUAAAAUACCGCAUUACUGAUUCAUUCAAAUUCAGCUGUGAUUUAUCUGUCUAAUACGAAUAUGUUUAUUAAUUCGGACAUCUUCAAAUGUAGAUUUGCUUUUAAUAAAAGUUUUAAGUACAAGAAAUUCCUUUCGCUUUUUUUCUUCAUUGGUGCCAUGAUUGUAUGCUGCUCUGGUAGCUGCACGUUCGAAGGCAAAAAUUAUAUGGACGGAGAAAUAUGGAAUUCAGCUUGCAAUGUGUGCCACUGCUAUGCUAAAAAUGUGACUUGCACAAGAGUUGCUUGCCCAGUAAUUGACUGCAGUGCUGCAGAAAUUCCUGCACCUAAAAACAACUGUUGCCCGCAAUGCGAUCCAUUGAAAAAACCCUGCUUUGUUGGUACAUUUAGAUACAGCCAUAACGAGGUCUGGCAGUCGCAACUUGAUUGCAUUUUGAACCAAUGUAAAGAUGGAAUUAUCGUCCCAUAUGUUAUUCAGUGUCCAUCAAUAGUUUGCUCAAAGGGUAAGAAACUAAAGACUGUUCCAGGUGAAUGUUGUCCUAAAUGUAUUUCUGACUGUUCAUCUACUAAUAGCGCAUUAAAAUCAACAGACAGUAAUUCUGACUGCACAGAUCAAGAUAAAAGUGCUACUAAAGAUUGUACCUCGUUACCUGGACCAAAAGAGAAACUAAAUGUGCACUACAAAGAUCCAUGCACAAUAUGUGUAAAUGAGAAAAAUGAGCAGAAGUGUUAUUCCCCUAAAUGUCCUCCUUGUAGUUCAAAAUCUGACUCUUUCCUUAAUGAUUCAUGCUGUUACUGUUUCCAAGAGACAUGUGCAGAUGAAUGUCUCAGUUGUGAAGAUGUUAAUAAAAAUUUUUGUUUGGAUUGUAAAAAUCGGAGUAAAGUUUUAUUUCAAGGAAAGUGCCUUACAAAAUGUCCUGAUGGUUAUUUCAGUGAUGAAAACAAUGAAUGCAAAAGCUGUUCAUCUUCCUGCAAAACUUGUUUUGGCAACAUGACAUCUCAGUGCUCAAGUUGUGAAAAAGGCUAUUACCUGCAAAAGGGCCAGUGCGUUAAAAGUUGUGAUCCCAACUUUUAUGCCUCUGAUGGCUACUGUUUGGAAUGUCAUGAGUCUUGUCUCUCCUGCCAUGGUCCAAAUUCCAGUGAUUGUAUAUCAUGUGCGUUGUCUGGUCAGUUAUUGCAAAAUGGUACCUGCGUUGAUGAAUGUAUUGGGCAUUUUUAUAUAGCCGAUGGUUAUUGUUUAGAAUGUAAUGAAAGCUGUGCAAGAUGUUUAAAAGAUGGGACAUGUCAGUAUUGCGAAGAUAAUUUCUAUUUAGAAGAAGAAUUCUGCGUUGAUGAAUGUACUCCGGGCUAUUAUAAAUUUCUUGAUGCUUAUUGUCUUUCUUGCCAUGAUGAAUGUCAAGGAUGCUUUGGUCCUUUACCAUUUCAGUGUACCAGCUGUCCAUUUGGUCAGUUUCUUUUACAAAAUUCUUGUGUAUGGGAUUGUGGUCAAGGAUACUUUGGUGAUCUUGGAGCUGGGAUAUGUGGAAAAUGCCAUCCAGAUUGUCGAGCUUGUUUAGGAGGACCAUCAAAAGAUAAAUGCUUAACUUGCUCUAGUGGAUACUUACUACCUUAUAUCGGAACUCAUUUUGGAAGUUGUGUGGAAGAAUGUCCCACAGGCUACUAUUUAACAGCUGAUGGAACUUGUGCAGUGUGUCACGAAACAUGUGAGAUUUGCUAUGGAUCAAAUGACACAGAUUGUUCAUCAUGUAAAAAUCCCCUAUUUAUUAAAAAUGGAAAAUGUGUCCCUCACUGUUCAAAUGGUUUCUUUCAAGACAAUGGAGUGUGUUAUGCUUGCCAUCCAUCUUGUGCAACUUGUUAUGGAUUUAAUAAUGAUGAGUGUUAUACUUGUCCUUUUGGCAGGACAUUCAGAUAUGGGAAAUGUAUACCAUCAUGUAAAGAAGGGGAAUAUAUGAACUUGGAAGGCGCUUGCAUCAGUUGUCAUGAAUCCUGUUCUGAUUGCUUGCUAAAUAGCACUGAAGGUGAAGGUGUCCAGUGUUUGCAGUGUAAACAUCAACAGAUGUCAAUUCUGUACGGUGAAUGUGUUGUGGAUUGUCCUUCGAACUAUUAUCUGAAUUCCUACCAAAUUUGUCAAGAAUGCCAUCCUUCCUGUGCAACCUGUGAGAGAAGUGGAGCUACAUCGUGUGUCACCUGUUGGAGUGGAAGUUAUCUAACUCAUUUAGGCACCUGUGAAGCGCAGUGUCAUCAAGGAUAUUUUCCAUCUAAAGGCGUUUGCCAAGCUUGCAGUAUUAAUUGCCAUCAUUGCGUUAGUGCAACCGAAUGUCUUCAGUGCAAAAGAGAUCUUGUUCUACAAUUUGGAGAGUGUUUACCUUUAUGCUCUGAUCAGCAUUACAUCGAUGGUGUUAGCAGACAGUGCACAGAAUGCUCAAAGGAAUGUAACACUUGUCGUGGACCAUCUGCAAGCGACUGCACCUCAUGCUUGCCCGGAAAAUUUUUCCAGGAUGGCUCAUGUGUUCAAAAUUGUUCUGACGGAUUUUUUGAAAAAGGAAUUAAAUGUGAACCUUGUGAUUUGAAAUGCAAAACUUGCUCCAGCUCUUCUCGAUGCACCUCUUGUGAUUUCCCCCUCCUUCUACGAGAUGGUGAAUGUGUAGAUGAUUGUGGUACUGGUCAGUAUGCCGAUUAUGAAGUACUCAUUUGUAAACCUUGCAGUCCAGGAUGUGCGUUUUGUCUGUCUCCAGACGAAUGUGGUUUAUGCAGAGAUGGGUAUCAUUUGCAGAAUUUUGCCUGCAUGAAAAUAUGUCCAGAAAAUUAUUUUGAAGAUCCAGUGUCAAGAGUUUGUAAAAGAAAUUUUGGUGCGCCAUCAAUAAUUAUUGAUAAUAAUCUAAGAGUUCAGGCUGGAAGUUCGAUUUUGAUUACCAGUUCUGUCCUCAAUGCGUCUCAUGUUGAAUCAGAAAAAUUAUCUAUAGUAGUGCAUCAGUUGCCACAGAAUAGUCAACUUCAAAAAAUGUCGGACCGAGCAGAAGAGAUUUUGUUGAAAUCUGGAGAAAAUUUUACUUCAAAACAACUGGAGGAUGGAUGGGUAUUUUUUAAAUAUUUCGAUGGCAUGCCUCUUCAAGGCGAUCUUGUUUUGAAAGUUUCUGACGGAUAUGUGUCCAGCAGUGAUAUAAUUUUGCCAAUGCAAAUUGUUUCCAAGUUUCCUCCUCAAAUAGGACAACUUGAUUACAUUGUUGUUUCUGAAGAAUCAUUAUUUGUUAUAAAUCCAUCGAUUCUUGCAAUAGAAGAUAAAGAUAACAUUGCCGAUGUUACUCUAAAUAUCGUUCAAAGCCCUUGUUCUGGAAAACUGGUUUUGAUGCCUGAUGAAAAAGAGAUCUCUUCUGUGGCAUAUGAAGAAUUUGCCAAAGGCCAACUUGCAUUUAAAAGUGCCAAAACAAAUAUGAUUCAAAAAGAUAGUUUUGUCAUACAAGCUUUUGAUGGUUUUAAUUCUAAAUUGACAGACCUGAAACUGAUUGUUUUACCUAAGAAUAACAGCGAUUUAGUUAUUGUCCGAAAUGAACCAUUUUAUGUAAAAUCUGGUGAGACAUCACAAUUAACCAAUGACAUCUUGCUUUCUGUUGGAGAAAAUUUGCCGUCAAGUGAUAUAAUAUUUACCAUAAAACGUUCAGCAAAUCCUUCAAUUGGACAAUUUUUCAAGAAAACUAAAAAUUUGAUUGGGUUGCAAGAAAUGAAAGAAGAGAAAAUAAGUUUUACUCAAGCUGACAUAGACAAUGGAAUGAUACAUUAUAAUCAUGAUUUGAAUGGCACUUUAAAGAUAAAAGUUAAAGUAGAAAACAAGAAUACCAAAUCUUCUCUUAACUUUGACUUUGAAAUUCUCAAUCUGGAAGAAGGACUUGAAAACUCAUUACAAGCAAAUCAAUACGGAAUGAUGGUCCUUCAGAACCAUCCAGCCAUCAUUUCCAGUGACCACCUCUCAACUCAAGUGAAUGGAAUUUCACCUAAUGAUAUUGUAUACAUGAUUACUAGGAAACUUUUGAAAGAAGAAGGAUUUUUAGAAAAUCUUGACCAACCUGGAAUUAGGCUGCAGUCUUUUACUCAAAAUGAUAUCGAUACUUUGAAAAUUGUGUAUCAUCCACCACCUUAUGGAGGAGCUUCUGAGAAGCAAUUUAUGUUCCAAUUUGUUGUUAUUGAUGCUAGAAUUGGAUCACAGUUAUCACCUGUACAGAACUUCACUAUCACAGUGACUCCGCCAAAGAUUGAUUUCACAUCUCCCGCAUCGUCUAUCGAUUACAAAAGUACUAUUUUGCUCACCCAAGGUCAGUAUGUUAAGCUUGAACAUAACUGGCUGUCAACUGAAGGUCAUGAACUGUCAGCUGAUCAACUUGAAGUGGUUCUUACUAAUGCUCCGCAGCAUGGGGUGCUGAUACAAAUGAUGGGGGAUAAUAGAGUUGAAAUUCAAGAAGAUGAUGGAUUUGCUUUCACUUCAAUUAUUAAUGAUGCAUAUUAUGAGCAUGAUGGUUCUAAUAAUUUCCAUGACAGUGCUGUAUUUUCCAUCAUGGGCGGAAGGCAUUCAACUCUAAAUCGUGUAAUAUUUGAAAUUUCACCUAAUGACAGAGAGAGUCCUGUUAUACUUGAUUCCACUACCUUGAUGGGCUCUGUUACUGAAGGAAAAUCCUUGACUCUUCAAAGAUAUCAUCUUGCAUUCACCGAUUUAGUUUCUGAAGAUAAAGAUAUAGUAUUCAGUUUGCUAAGCAUGCCUAAAUAUGGAAUAUUAGAGAAGGAAGAAAAUGGGGAAUAUUACUUGUUGAAGUAA